AUGAAGAGUAGAUGGCUUGCUUGUCAUGGCGGAGUAACUUUUUCGAAGCCCGACGGCCUGGCGGGCCGAUGUGCGGAAGCCGUACGUGGGGCGAACGACGCUGUUCAGGCGGUGACGAGACUCGAGCAAGACGGUUCCUUCAAUUGUGGUCUCGGCUCGAACUUAACGAUCGACGGACGGGUCGAGUGCGAAGCGGGAAUCAUGUAUUCCGAUGGGCGCUUCGGCGGCGUGGCUGCAGUUGAAGAGCUCGCAACGCCGAUACUUUUAGCCGCUGCUCUCGCCAACAACCACGCCUCCAUUCAUGGGCUCGUUGCACCAAAUUUCCUAGCUGGGGCCAGGACGGCUGAAUAUGCUAAAAUCUCAGGGAUCACUCUCUGGAAGCCGGAGGAGCUGAUCAAUCAAAGGCGCCGUGAAUCGUGGGUCAGGGCAAAGCGGAAAUUGGGCGCUGCUACUCAAGGUGUCACAUUAGAAGGUUCCCUGGAUACCGUCGGGGCUGUGGAACUAUCGAUCUCCGGUCCAGGGGUCGCAUGUGCUUCGAGUGGUGGCAUCCUGCUAAAGCAACCUGGCCGUGUAGGGCACUGCCCAGUUUGGGGAGCUGGCGUAUGGUGUGAGCAAGGUCCGUCAACAAGUGUGGCUGUCGCAUUAUCCGGGCUGGGCGAGGCGAUCGUCAAAACGAGAAUGGCCAGCGGGAUUGCUGACGCUUUACUCUCGAUGGAAGAUGACGAUCUGCCAACCGAAACAAUUUCCCGGUGGAUCGACCGACACUUUACAAAUUCCAAAUGGUUAGCACAAAUCGAAGAGGACCGCAGAAUCGCGGGCGGAAUAAUCCUGCUCAAAAAGAAGGAAGACCCUCCCGAAUUGCUCGUCUUCCACAACUCGCCCCAUCUCCCCGUCGCCUACACAAAUUCGCGGGGGAAAGUGAAAACGGUGCACAGCCAAAACGAUAACCCCUCCGCGUUUACAUUCUCGUCUGUGAUUUUG